AUGGCAUCCACAGACGAUGCAACAGUGUUACUAUUAGAUUUCGAAAACAAUUCCAGUGAUGCUAGACAGGCCACUCCGAAACAAACGCUGUCCACCGGAUUACCCCUUACCAACCCUACCGACGGCAACAACACAACAACCAAUUAUGGAGCACUGGGUACAACAGGUGUCACGCACAAUCUGACAUCAACUCCUGGUGCCUAUCGCCCUGGUGCUAAUCCAGAUGGGACACAUGUUAUUCACAUCACCGAGGGAGGACAGGUCAUUCCGGACAUCAAUGUGUACCAGCAGAAGAAGAGCCUUGCCCAGGGUAUGAUGGAUCUGGCCCUGCUGUCCGCCAAUGCGAAUCAACUACGUUACGUACUGGAGUCGUGCCAAAAUCAUCCAUUUUUCUACGUAAACCUCGUCUUGAUCUCGACCAGCAUUUUCAUCCAGGUUGCGGUCGGUUUCGGGUUGAUCUGGAAGAGCCAGUAUAACCUUAACAAUCAAAGUGAUUUUAACGCGGCAACUCGCAUCAGCAAUCUCGUCUCGAUCGGAAUCUUCAUCAUAACACUCGUUAACGUGAUGAUAUCGGCGUUCAAUAUUGCAGAAAUCACCAAAUAGUAGCGUGUUUGUUUAAAGAUCUUUUUCAUUGAAAAGCUGUCGUUAUUAAUGUUAAGGGUAGUAUAGAAGAGAUGGUGUCUAGUUCGCACAUAUUCGCUGCCGUUAAAAAAAACUCGUUAGAACAAGGCAAUCAAUAUAUUACUGUAAGCUAACGGGUAAGAUAGUUUGGAUACCUGAAGGACACUCAACGGUAGCAGAUUUUUAAAUCUCAGGACCGGUAUAAAAUCCCUUCCAGAUAGUUCCUGCGAAUUGUUUCCCCGCAUAAGCACUAAUUAUACGGUAAU